CAAACCUGUCUCCGGAACCUCCAAGACAAUCCGAUGUACUGGCAAGUCAGUCGGGAAAAGAACGUACGGCAUCAAAGCGGGCGAAGACUCAUAGGAAUGAGGAGUCCUGCGCUGGCUCGUCAAUCUCCUUCCCGGUCAAGCGUUCUGGACUUGCCAGCAAGAAUUUGGACGCUCAGGUGCCGUUUAUCCCCGGACAACCUAAUGACCCACUUACUCGUGAUGUUACUGACACUUCUCCAUCACAUGCACAGCUCGCUGUUCGUCCGACGGAUUCGCACAUCACAGAGUCGUUCCCCAAAAAGAAGCGUAGGCACAAUUCAAGCGGGAGUGGCAAGCUCUCCAAGAACGUCAGCAGCUCUUUUGAAAAACGUAGUUCAAGCCCACGUGUAAACAGUGCUCCAAAACGAGCCAACUCUUGCAAUAAGGUAAAGAUCAGUCCCCGUGCAAGUAACACGUACAAAAAUGAACAAACCGAAUCACCGUCAGAGAAUGAUACAGAAGCCGGUUCGGGUGACCGUAAUCCUGAUGGGCACGCGCGCUCGCCGGUUGACCGACCAUCCACUUCUGCAUCACUAGUCGCCUAUAAUAGCUCCGAGGAGGACCAUAUGGAUGCACCACGAAAACACUCCAAAGAUGCAAAGCAAAAGCGUCCUUCAGGGUCUCCUAAUAAGAGUUCAUCACAAGAGGACUCAAACGAAUUGAAUCGGUCUUCUGUGCCGAACUCAGCCGGGGUCUCGAAGAAACUCAAAGUUGUCAAGACGACUGCCAAAUCAACAUGGGACUCAAGUGACAGCGAGUUUGAAGCAUCAACAGUCGCUACUCAUGGUAGCACCUCAGCCCCCACCAUUUCAGCGUUAUCAAACGAAGUCUCGCCCCAGAUUACCUCUUGUUCCCAGCCGACUCCACAAGCGGAACUUAGUAGAAAACGUAAACGAUCAUUCAAGAAAUGUGCUCCAGAAUCGAAUGUUGCAGUCGAUCGAGAAUCUGCACGGGAGGAAAAGCAACAAGACUCCGCGGUGUCCACAGAGGCUCAGCCGCAGGCACACCGUUCCAGCAAACGUGAAAAACGAAGGCUAUCCCGGCAUAAGCGUCGAAGAUCUUAUUCUUCCCAUAGUUCUGUUUCUCCCGCACAUCGGAGCAGAGGCCGAGCGGUUCCAGAGGAUGAAGAUCAUAGGGAGUAUCCUGUCGAUGCACGUCGCCAAUCGUUCUCACACGAUUCGAUUUCAUCUCGUUCGUCUGAUAACGAGUCCCAGUACUCUACGGCGAGUAGUCAUUCAGGAAGUUGGCGUCGACACCGUCGUCGUCAUCGGAGGCGCUCCAAGUCUUAUACGUCACGUUCGUCUUCUCGAGGCUCAUCGAAUUUAUCUCGUGGUUACCGAGACAGGACUAAGUCUCGCUCAAGAAGCGGUCGGCGCCGUCGAAGGCGUGUGAGGUCAUCCUAUCGACGUUCCAGACGUCGGAGUUACUCAAGCCGUUCUCACUCUCGUUCUCGGAGCUGGAGGACGUCUGAGUCUAGCUCUUACCGUUCUUCGCGCUCAUCUUCACGUGCUUCAUCUCCCGUUUCUCAUCGCCGUUCCUCGGCCUUAAGAAGAUCAUCUUCUCGACCGUCGCCUGUACAUAGGAAGCUUGUUUCCAGCUCCAAGUUGAGCAGCGGAGAACGCAGUCGUAGUCCGGAAAACCGUUUGGCACGACUUGGCAUGGGUCCAUUAGGUCGAGGAAGUAAUGUGGAACAACGUGUCAGUGAUGCCUUGACAACUUUCUCGCUAUCCAGUGUUGCAGAUACGGUUUCUGCUGCAGUCAAACGAGUAACGGGUGGGAACAGCAUUUCCGGGUCUAAAAAACUACCCGACGGUGCUGCGUCCCACAGUCAACCCACUUUGGGUGCGUCCGAAAGGCCGAAACAAGAACAGAUUGUGACAUCGGGCAAAUCUACACUAGUAGACAUCCCACUUCCACUGGAUGCCGGACAUUCCACUAGUCAUGAUAAUACAACAGCUGAGCAGCUAUCAAGCCAUACAGAAACUGCUCCAUAUAUUGGUCCGCAGUUGCCUCCAGAGUUGGCCAAGCGUUUUGGCCUGUCUGUCAGUCAACAGUCUCCUACUGAGAAGGAGUCCUCUAACCGGGCGCCGUUGGAAACAGCGGCCACCAAUACCCCUUCGAACUCCAAUCCUCAAAACUCAAAUGAUUCAGCCACUUCUCAGUCGAACUCAAUGGAAUUCCUAAUCCCUCCGGAGAAAGUGGAGCAGUACAGAGCUUUACAAGAACAAGCAAAACAGCACGCACUCCGCCGUAGCAAUCUACUUAUGACAGGAGAAUCAGCGGAAGUAACCACGUCUUCCGUCAUUCCAUCGGAAGCGGAACUUCACUCUCAGCGCUUAGCUCUUUUAGUCUCUGCUGGUUUGGUGUAUCCGGCGUACUCCGGGGACGCUAGUUUAUUGACUCCUGUGAACAGUAACGCCACUUCUUUGGCAGUCACGGACUCCGGUGUCAACCAAAAUUUCGUUAGGCUCGCCGAGGAUGCCCGGCUCGCUGCACUGAACACACAAAUUCAAAAUCAAUUAUGGACCUCGAUGGCUUCAUUAGGUCAGCAAAACACAGCCAUCCGCAGCAUGGCUGGUUCUGAUCAACUUGCUGCGGCGCUCGCUGGUGGCAAAGCUUCCACUUACGACACACCGUCCGUACCAACUGUCCUUCCGGCAUCGUUGCACCAACAACUGCAGCAUGCGCAGCUUCAGCAACUGGUUGCUGCGGCUAAUGCAAUUCAGGCUGCGCAGUCAGGUGGAAACGCUGUUCAGACACAGCAAGCUCAACCGGUGAUCACGGCUCAGUUGUUACAGCAGCUGGCUAUCCAGCAAGCACAGAAAAUUCAGACCGCCAGCCUGCCAGCCAAUGCCAUUGCAGCUUCUGUGCUUUCGGCACACCUACAGCAGCAACAGAAGCUACAAGCACAGCUAUUGAGACAAACCAAUGAUCCAUUGAAAUCUCAAACCGAUGGACACUUGACCCCCGUCAGUUUGUUCAACGAUGCCACAAGCUCAGCCUCGUACAUAAGUCCCAUGUGCACAGUCGCUGUCAACGGUCCGAUUGGUGCUGCUUCCCCUCUGUCCUCAAGCCUAGUCCGAAACCCGGUCGCUGGUGCAACCGCUGUUACAAAUCCGGUAGUUUCUGCCCUCUCCUUGAAAACUGCGCAGCAGACACAAGCGUUUUUGAACGCAGCGCAACAGCAGCAGUUGUUGGCCGCGGUUUUACGACAACAGCAAGCAACUGCUAUUGGUCUAGGAUUGCCACAGGAGACCGCUACUCAACCGGCUUUUCUCUCUGUUCAGCUGGCUCAAAACGCCGCCACUCGUCUAUUAGCUUCACAACAGCAACAACAACAGAUUCUAGCUCUUCAGGCGCUCCAACAGAAGCAACUACUCCAACAACAACAACAGCAGCAGCAGCAACAACAACAGCAACUGCGUGUUUUAGUUCCUGGAUCAGCGGAGAAUUCCCUAUUCCACGCACAGUUGGCUGCUGCAGUACAGCAGCAGCAGCAAAGACAGCUACAGCAAUUACAGAAUCAGGCAUUAGCAGCGUCUGCCAUUGCAGCUGCCCAAAGUCAGCGCCAGCAGCAGCAACAACAACAACAACAAGCUCAAGACCGUACAGGAAAAACUUUGUGAUUACGAUGUGAUGAUCAUUUUCAUUACCCUGUUGUACAUAGAUUUCGAUUAUGUUGACUCUUC